AUAAUCACAGUGGGAGGCACAACUGGCUGGAGCCCCAACAGUACAGACAUCAGCAAUUUAUCCAUUGUCCAGGGAGACAUGUUAGGGUUUGUCUAUGGAGCCACAGAGAAUGUCAUCUUACUGAAGGAUAAGGACCACUUCCAGAGAUGUGACUUCACUGACAGCCGACCUAUAGGUAACAAACUACUGCCGUCAGAGAGUAAAGGCACAGUUCUACACCCGUUUCCCAAACCUGGAACAUUUUACAUUGCGUCACAGUCUUCCUGCAAUUCCACGCAGCCCCUGAAAAUGGUCUUGACAGUUAUUGAUAACAUCCACCAUAGCGAACAGUACACCAAAUCUCAUUGCCGAGACUCUGUCUACAUGGUGUGGCGCCAGGCACAGUUGGACACAUACCAUGGAGUGGACGGGGUGGCUGCAUCAUUGGGCGGAGUAGUUGUCGGUCUCGUCAUUCUGUCAGCUGUCUUGCUCUGGGACCGUCUUCUAAAUGCUGAGUCGUCAGGAGUCAACGGAUUCGAGAGAUUCUAACACAUGUGACUGGACUUGGUCAUCGCUGACCAUAAUACUCAUGAUCUGUUUCGGUCUUUAUUGACCACACUUUUAAUCCUUUUGGUCUUGACUGACCACGGCCCUAUGCAAGCUUGAUCUCCAUCGAUUGUACCCCUGUCCAGAAAUGGCCUGGACUAAUCAUGUCCUUAUCCCCUGUCCACACUUUGUCUGGACUGACGAUAUCCCUGUCCAGACUUGGUCUGGACUAACCACACCCUUGUCCACUAUUGUUCUCAACUGACCAUGUCCCAAACCAGACUUUGACCAUACCUAUGUCCAGACUUAGUCUGCACUGACUACAUUACUGUCCAGAUUGCAUCUGAACUGACCACAUUCCUCUUCACUACUGAUCUCUACUGACCAUGCCCCUAUCCACACUUUGACCAUGUCCCUGUCCAGACUUGGUCUGGACUGACUACACCCCUGUCCAUUGUUUAUCUCUGCUGGCCACACCCCUUUCUAUACUUGAUCUACUUUGACCAUUCCCUUGUCCAGACUUAGUCUGGACUGACCAUGCCCUUGUCCAUUGGUCUUUAUCAAUCACACCCCUGCCCCGUUUUGGCCUUCACUGACUACACCUAACCCUCUUGGUCAACACUGACUAUACCCCUGUCUAGUCUUGUUCUCUACUGCCCACACACCAUUGAUGCCCUCACCACUGUCAAGACUUGGUCUCCAUUGACCACAUCCCUAUCAAUCAUAGUCAGGAUUGACCACCAGUGUCCACUCCCUUCCGUUCUUGGUCUCAACUGGCCACACCCCUAAUCAAACUAGGUUUUCAAUUGACCACAACUUUGUCCAAACUUGGCCCCCCCACUGUCAACUCCUAUCCCUCUUAAUCUCUUGGCUCACCCCAGAUCAAACCUGCUUUCCACUUGACCACCAUACCCUUGUCAAGACUUGACCUCCACUGUCCACACCCUUCCCUUCUUGGUCUCAACUUGCCAUACUCCUAAUCAAACUUGGUCUUCAAUUGACCACCUCCGUCCCUCUUAAUUUUGGUUGGCCACACCCCUGGUUAAACAUGGUUUCCAAUUGACCACACUUUUGUCAAAAACUUGAUAUUUGGUGACCAUCCCCAUCCCUCUUAAUCUUGGUCUCAACUGGCUACACCCCUGGUCAAACAUGAUUUCCAGUUGACCACACCCUUGUCAAAAACUUGAUAUUUGCUGACCAUCCUCAUCCCUCUUAAUUUUGGUCUCAACUGGCCAUACCCUUAGUCAAACUUGAUUUCCAGUUGACUACACCCUUGUAAAAUCUUGAUCUUUGCUGGUCAAGCCCUGUUCAUCUUUGUCUAAACUGACCACACCCCUAAUAAACAUUGGUUUUUCCUUAACCAUUCCCUUGUCAAAACCUAGUGUUCACACAACACAUCCUUGGUCUUGGCUGGCCACACCACUGGUCAAAUUUGUUUUUUUUUCCCCUGACCAUAUCCUUGUCAAGACUUGGCCUUCACUGACAAUCUGAUAUUUCAUGAGCCACAUUGCAGACCCUUCUUGGUCCCAGCUGACCAUGGUCCCUUAAUGAGCCCUUUCUCUUGAUCUCAUUUCAGCCAAUGCUGACCCAAAUUGACCGUAUCUUGGGAACAUUCCUACUAACUGUGCAACCAUUGGAAAAAAAAAAAAAACAUGCUUGUCCCCUUGGGGACGCUUUAGGUAUGCUGUCACCUCAUUUCGUCCCCUUGAGUUCCUGCAUUUCUGCCACCACCGCCACAACCACCACCACCACCACAACCACCACAACCAUCAUCACCACCAUCAUCAUCAUCAUCAUAAUCACCACUACCACCUCCACUGUCACCACCACAACCACCACCACCACCACAACCAUCAUCACCAUCAUCAUCAUCAUCAUCAUCAUCACCACUACCACCACCACAACCACCACCACCACCGUCAUCAUCACUACCAUCCUCGUCAUCACCACUAUCAUACCA